AUGCACUCUCGUCGAGCGGAUUUGAUAUGUAUAACUACUGGCUCCAAGCAGCUUGACACCCUUCUUGCCGGCGGCAUCGAGACAGGAUCCAUUACAGAACUCUUUGGCGAAUUCCGAACAGGAAAAAGCCAAAUAUGCCAUACCCUAGCUGUCACUUGUCAGCUACCUUUCGACAUGGGUGGUGGUGAGGGCAAGUGUCUCUAUAUCGAUACCGAAGGAACGUUUCGACCCGUGCGUCUGCUAGCCGUAGCACAACGGUAUGGUCUCGUUGGCGAAGAAGUGCUAGACAACGUUGCUUACGCUCGUGCCUACAACUCCGACCACCAGCUUCAAUUGCUCAACCAGGCAUCCCAGAUGAUGUGCGAGACGAGGUUCUCCCUUCUCAUCGUCGAUUCUGCCACCUCGCUCUACCGGACGGAUUUCAGUGGCCGUGGAGAGCUAUCGUCAAGACAGAACCAUCUGGCUCGAUUCAUGCGCACCCUGCAACGGCUUGCCGAUGAAUUCGGAGUCGCUGUCGUAAUUACUAACCAGGUUGUUGCACAAGUCGACGGUGGACCAAGCGCAAUGUUCAAUCCUGAUCCCAAGAAGCCCAUCGGCGGUAACAUCAUUGCCCACGCGAGCACCACGCGACUGAGUUUGAAGAAAGGCAGAGGGGAGACCCGAAUUUGCAAGAUCUACGACAGUCCGUGUCUUCCAGAGAGUGACUGUCUGUUUGCCAUUAACGAAGAUGGCAUUGGCGACCCUAGUCCCAAAGAUCUAGAGAAGGAAUCAUGA